GGAACGGGUUGUUCGCGAGUGUCGUCCUAGAAAUUACCGGAAAUGCCCCGUCGUCGAAGGUGACGACUACUCCGUAUCCAGAGUUCUCUCCCUUGACCCCUCUCUCUCUCGCGAAUUCUUUGCCUCCGAUCGAAGCCCUAUUUUUUGAUGCUCAUCUGACGGAGGAACGGAGGACGAGUAGGGAAUGGAUCGGAUCAUCGGGGGGAAGUACAAGCUAGGGAGCAAGAUCGGCAGUGGAUCCUUCGGCGAGAUCUAUCUUGCGACCCACGUUGACACGUUUGAGAUCGUCGCGGUGAAGAUCGAAAACAGAAGGGCCAAGCACCCACAGUUGUUUUAUGAGGCCAAGCUGUAUAACAUUCUUCAGGGAGGAAGUGGCAUCCCGAGCAUAAAAUGGUGCAGCAUUGAUGGAGAGGAUAAUGCUCUUGUUCUCGAUUUGCUUGGUCCAAGUCUGGAGGGUUUGUUUGUCUAUUGCAGUUGCAAGUUCUCAUUGAAGACUGUUCUUAUGCUUGCAGAUCAAAUGAUUACAAGAAUAGAGUAUGUGCACUCGAAAGGUUUUUUGCACAGAGACAUUAAACCUGAUUACUUUCUGAUGGGUCUUGGAAGGAAGGCCAAUCAGGUAUACAUCAUCGAUUUUGGGCUUGCAAAAAGGUAUAGGGAUUCUACCACAAAUCGUCAUGUCCCAUGGUGUGUAAUCCACUUCUCAAGCAAGACCUAUACAGUUUUCAUGUCACUCGUUGUUACUGCAUAUUGCAUGAUUAGGAUAAAGGUGAUUAUAAACUAUUUACACAUUGUGACUCGGAGAAAACAAAAACUUGACUGGAACUGCUCGCUAUGCAAGUUGCAAUACUCGUCUAGGAAUUGAGCAAAGUUGUCGGGAUGAUUUGGAAUCUCUUGGUUAUGUUCUUCUGUAUUUUCUCAGAGGAAGUCUUCCAUGGCAAGGUCUGAAAGCUGCCACAAAGAAACUUUAGUAUGAUAAGAUAUGCGAGAAGAAGCUUUCAACUCCCAUUGAAGUUUUAUGUAAAUUGCAUCCUCCGGUGGAAUUUGGAUCUUACUUCCAUUACUGCCAUUCUUUGGCAUUUGAGCAAUGACCUGAUUAUGGAUUUCUGAAGCGCCUCUUCCAUGACUUGUUUAAUCGUGAAGGUUAUGAGUUUGAUUAUAUUUUUGACUGGACUAUUUUGAAAUAUCAGCAAACCCAGGACACAAUCUCAACCUCGAAUCUGUCCUGUCUAUGGUGGAAUGACUAGCCGGAUUAUUCCAAUGGAUGUUGACAAACAUCAAGUUACCAGUGCAAAUUAUGUUUCUUGCCUUUGAAGUUACAAACCAGGUAGGACCAAGAAAUGAUGCACGUCCUACAGUUCAAAUGCAGUUCAAACUUGCAGCUGAUAAGAAUCUGGGUUCUGACAAUCAGGGACUUGAUAAGUUGAGGGUUGGAAUGAGCUCUGAAAACCCAAAAGUACCAUCUACAUCAUUUGCCUUUCCUGGAACCCCAAAUAAAAAUGUCACAAGUUCCAGACAAUCAGGGCCAACUGAUGCUUUGAGGCUCAGUUCAUCUAGUAGUUGGAUUCCUGUGCUACAGCAUAAUGCUUCAGCCAAGUGACUGGUAAUGCUUUCAACUGAAUUUGCUUGUGUUAAGUGUCCAAUCCUCAGGGUAGCAGACUUCUCUGGUUAUGUUCUUUAUUGGCUCUUUGGGUGUUGUUUCAUAUGGGUUGAGUCCAACAACCAAAUAGCAUAUGCUACCAAAGGUGGCUACAAAGUCGUCGUUGCUUAAGUUGCUUUGGGAUAUCAAGCGGCCUAGGGUAUUUCUAUUAGGGCGACUCCAAAUGCAAUUGUUUCUAAAAUGGUCCCUUAAGGGAAAUGAUUGAUGGUGUGUUGCAAAAUAACCUUUUUCUGGUCUAGAAAUUUGUUGAUAUGUUCAACUUGGAUGAUCCCAUAAAAUUGGCAUGUUCAAAUGUAUGUUAAAAGAUCAGAUCAUUCUUCUGAGAAAGAGUAUAGUGUAAUGAAAUAUGCUUUGUGGAUAUAUUUUUAUUUAUUCUUUGGCUCGUUCUGACCUGUGGGCAGCAAUCUGAAAUAAUUUUAGCAUUAGAUACUCAAAUCACUCGAGGAUUUGAACAGAGGACACUGGUCUAGUUUUUCAGAUUCUAGCCUCCUUUCUUUUUAUCAACAGCCUUGACCAGACGAACAGUUAUCACUAGCAUGAUUGUGUGAUGGUACAGAGCACUAUCCAUUUGCUGUGAGGUUUCCCGAUCAAGUUCAUGUAGAAAUCUGUUUUCAGGAUGGAAAAAAUGGUGAGCAGGUUUUUCCACCAGUAUUUACCAGCAUAUGAUAGACUACUUUGAUGAAUCGAAAGGUAUUAUGACAAUUUCCUUCAAGCUAUAUUUUAGUUCUUUUAACAUGUUUUAUGUCAAUAUCAAGAAAAUAAUUAGCAGCUGUUGGAUAAACUUAUAGAUAAAUAAUAGGGAAAAUUUUAGUUCAUGUGAACAAUUAGUACGAAUGAAUUAAGAAGGCAUCGUUGCUCAUCGUGCAAA